GGAGAAAUGGUAGGGGUUCGUCAGAGUAAAUAUAAUCGCGUUGCUCGUCUUCGUAAAUACGUACUGUGAUUUGUUUGAGGAAGUAUCAGGAUGAAAAUUUCCUUCGAUCGGUAGCUGUUUUAUUUGGCAGUUAAACGAGGUAUAAUGUUUAACAUUAAUUUAUUCUAUACAAUAUUGUAUAUAUUUUCAAAGUUCUUCUCGUCCGAGGAUUAGCAAACUCGUGCGUAUAUAUGUUCCUUACGAUCAGCUGACUUCCGGAAGUAAUAUGUGUAUAUAAGGAGGAGCUCACAGACAAUACAAUAUGAAUUCCAAAGAGGAUGGAAAGAUGCAGGGAAAGUCUGAAACAAGAUUAGAUGGUGGCUUACAAAAGAAUGAUAACCAAACAACUGAACAAGGAAAUAAGUUAUCCAAAGCAACUAAAAUACAAAAUAAAAUGUCUGACGAGCAGUUGAAAUUGAAUAAUAAUGUUAGUGAGAGUGACGCAAAAAGUGUAUUACCUUCCAAAUCUUCUAUGAUGGUUUCUAAUGGAGCACGAUCGAUGGAAGCUACUACAUCGGAUUGCAGUCAUUCGUUGGAACAAGUUACUAUUUCUGACACACCAAAUGCAAGUUCAUCUUCCACUUUUGUAAAUACUACAAGUGUCAUAUCACAUAAUGCAAAUACUAAUUCUGCAAGUCAAUUGAAGCAUAAGACUGUUGUAAAUGCAAAUACUCUUAACUUGCCUAAGCCUCAAAUGCACUUAAAUUUAUCUUCUGGUCAGUUGAAUUGCCACCUGACUAAUACGGUUACACCAGUUUCUUAUAGUUCUAUCAAUGCAUCUAAUACUAAUGCAUAUUCGAAUACGUCUAUAUCAAAUUCGUCCACUGUUUCUCAGCAUUUAUCUGGUAAUAGAUUAAACGAUGAUACGGAUAUGAAAAAUAAUGUUGAUUACGCUUCGGAAAUAGAAAAAUGUCCUUCUAAAGUUUCCUGCAGUUCAGAUUCCAGUCCAGAAGGUGAUCAGAUGUAUACUUUAAAAAAUACCUUACCAAAAUCUAAUAAAUCUGCUAGUAUAUUAAAUAAUAUUGGAGGGAGUAUAGGUUCGACUAGUCAAGGUACUUGUUUUCUAAGACCUAAUAUCAAUGGAAAUAGAGAAGUUGCUGGACCAAGUGGUUUACAAAGAUAUUUUCAAAAAGAUAUAAUUGACAGAAGAGAUUCUAGUUCCGGAAAUGAAGGAGAUAUGUCUGAUGGAGAAGAUUAUUGUAUUUAUACAUAUAAAGGGAAUGACAAUAUAGUUAAUCUAGAUCAGAAAGAGGAAGUCAAUCGAGUCCAAGUUGCAGAACAUGAAGUAGGACAAUGUCACAGUGGUAGAUCUAGUCCAGAGAUGGACUUUUUAGAAAUGGACUUUGAUCCUGGACCUUCUUGCGAGCAGGAUACAGGGGACAGCGAUUUGGCUUCUAUAAAUGAAGACAUACAAAAUAUAACAUUAGAUAACGCAGAGGCAGAUCCUGUUUUAAAUGAUUUGAGUAGUGGUAAAGUUGUAUCUAGGCAAGGAAUAGCAACUGUGCCUCAACAUAAUCCUCAAACUGGACAAAAUGUUAGCCAUAUAGUUACUCAACAAUGUUCCAAUAAUCGUCCAAUCAGCGAGCAAAGCUCCAAACAAACUUAUUCAUCUCCUUGGAUGCCGAGUACUAGUAGUGGAUCUGGGUGCCAUUCUAAUCUUCAUGGAAAAACAGAAUCAAUUGGAUUUCAUAGAAACUUAGGAUGUCCUUUGCGCGAAUCUUAUGGAUAUCAUAAUACGAGUGGUGACUUAAUAUCGCCUGGAGAUAAUCGAGAUUCGGACUCUGAAUUAUGGACAGAAACCUCUACUGUAUCCACGCCAGGAAAUUCGAAUUUAAAUUCAAGAAAGGUGAAUCUCAGUUCUACACUUUAUCAUCGAAUGAUGGCCAAAAAAUUAAUGCUUAAUAAACAAACUCCUUUUAAUCAGAGUGGCGAUUCAAACUUGGAAAAUGAAUUAUCUAAUGAGCAAAUUGAUGGACUUCCACCAGUUAAAAAAGUCAUGUUGUGGAAUGAGCAAGAAGCUACAACUAAUCAAGUCACUCAAAUUGCAACUUCUGCAUGUGGUGCUACUUCUGCCAUCAAUGCUUUGUUGGCUUUGAAAGUUUCUUUCUCUGCAGAGGUAUUGGUAAAAGCUGUAGGUACUAGAUUAAGAGAUCCUGGUUCCCCACUUCCACAAUAUCUAAUGAGUAGAUCGUUGGCUGGUUCAACUCAUAAAGACAUAGCAAGAGGAAUAUCUCUAUCAACAAGUGGAGCAGUCAUCACAAAAUUCUUUUCCUUUUAUCCUGAAAGAAAGGUUUCACUUUCUCAUUGGCUGCAUUACUGGAUUUCUAAAGGAGCUGCUCCUAUAGCUACAUUAAAUUUACAACAUUGUGGCGAAGGUACUGAUAUUCCGGAUGCAUGGCAUCAUCAAAUGAUAUUUGGCGUAGGACAAGCGGGAAUAUAUUUAACAAACCCUCUACAAUGUUUACCUGAACAACUUGUUUGGCAUCAGCUUGUUAGUCCUAGUGUUUUAUUAGUAAGGCGGGCUGAUGUUUUAGCACGUUGGAAUGCAAAUACUGAUUUAACACUUCUUGCUAAGAUGGACCAGAAAUGGAGGAAGCUUAAUGUUCUGGGACAAGUUGUAAAUAUGAUACGAGAAGCAAUGAAUCAGAGACAACAGCCUAAUGUUACAACUAUUGGUACAACUCAUAUUCGUAUACCUGCAUCUUACCAAGCAGGCAUUACAUUAGUUAUGUGUGCUGAUUCUGCAGAUGCUACUGAACUGUUACAUGCUGAACAAUUACCAUUACUCUAGUCUUGUUGAUCAAAAUUAAUAAAACCAGGCUGCCCUCA